AUGCAUGCUCUCUGUCUCUCCGGCCCCAACCCCCUCUCUCUUUCCUCUCUCUCACCCCGCGCCCCCAUCUCACUCGCGCCCGCGCCCACACUGCCGCCGUCGACCACCGCCGCCGCCCGGACGCUGCCACCGCCCCACCCCGCCGUAGCACCACCCUACCGCCCCGGAGCCCUGCGGCCCUGUCGCCACCACCGCCCGGCGCCCCCUCCGCCGGCCAGCGACGCCCCGCCGCUGCCCCUCACGCUGCCGCCGGCCCACCCCGCCGCAGCACCACCCCACCACCCCGUAGCCCUGCGGCCCCGUCGCCACCAUCGCCCGGCGGCCCCUCCGUCCGGUCAGCGCCACCCCGCCGCCCCAGAGCCAUGCGGCCCAGUCGCCACCACCGCCCGGCGCUCCCUCGGCCUGGCCAGCGCCCCUCCGCCGCCGAGCAACCCCGCCGCCCGGCGCCCCUAG